AUGUCCAAUGAAAUCCCCCUCAUUGACUUUUCUGAGUUUUACUCGUCUGACCCGACGGUAAAAGAAAAGGUCGUGAGCCAGAUCCGGGAGAGUUGCCUGUAUAAUGGCUUCUUCCAAAUCAAGAACCAUUCUGUUCCGCUUGACCAUCAGAGCGCUGUCAUGAACAGCGCUAAGGAGUUCUUUGCGCUUGAUCUCGAGGAAAAGCAGAGGGUUUCUAAGAACAACAACACCUGGAACCGCGGAUAUGAGAUGCUUCGAUCACAAAUUUUGGAGGAGGGUACGCAGCCUGAGCUGAAAGAAGGCUUCUAUAUUGGCGAUGAUAUCUCGACCGAUCAUCCCUACUUCAUCAACAAGAAACUCAACAGCGGGCCCAAUCAAUGGCCUGAGCCGCUGGGAGCUACAUUCCAGGAGUCGACUAUGACAUACUACAAGUCAACCGUAAACUUAGCUGCGGACUUGCUGAAAGCCCUGGCACUUUCCUUGGACCUUGAGCAGGACUACUUUUCUCGGUAUAUGGACGGUGCGGUGGCAACAAUGCGCCUGCUUCACUACCCAAGUCAACCGGCGGAUGCAGAUGAGAAACUGUCUCGUGGUAUUGGCGCUCACACAGACUUCGGGGCGAUCACUCUACUCCUGCAGGACGAAGUAGAUGGUCUGCAGGUCUGGGACAAACGGUCUGAAACUUGGAUUGAUGUCGAGCCUACAAAGGGCGCUUUUGUCGUAAACCUAGGCAAUCUCAUGUCGCGAUGGACCAAUGAGAAGUAUAAGAGUAACGUACAUCGGGUCAUCAACAAGUCAGGCAAGGAGCGCUACUCCAUUCCUUUAUUUGUAUCUGGUAAUCCCGACUACCUAGUCGAGUGUAUCCCGACAUGCAAGGCACCGGGGGAGCCAGCGAAGUUCCCUCCCAUUACAGUGCAGGAGGCCGUAUCUGCAGCUUAUGCCGAGUCCUAUGGCAGGGCACAGCUUUUCAAGCAGGGUCUAGAGAAGGUGAUUGAAAGUACUCCGGCGACAAUGCCAUCUCCAGCAGUUAAUGCACCGAUCGCUGCUGCUUGA